AUGUGUCAUUCUGUUGAUUUCAGACCUGAUUGUGCCAUUAAAACAUUUCGUAAUGAAGGCUUCUUUGGCAUGUACAGAGGUAAGUGAUUUGUAAUUCUUUCUAUAAUCAGUAUAUCAGACCUGUUCACUCUUAUGAAUUUAGCGUACAAUGUACGAUUUUGAGGUGUAUAGAUUGUAUAUACUGAAUGUUGUAUAUACUGAAUAUUUAUUUUUUACUAUAAGUAUAACGUAGUAAACGAUUUUGUGAUGAUAUUGUACGAUUUUAAGAGUUUGAGGGUAAACAGGUCUGGUAUAUACCUAAUUGUAAUCUUUAAUUUGUUUUGUUUGUCGAAGGCCUCAGUCAUUGUUCAAUUGUUUUAAAAUUACUUCUAAAGUUUUAAAUGUCUAGUUCUUAAUCGUGUCAUGAAAUGAAUGCUACAUUCCAGGAAGUGGGGUGAACCUACUCCUAAUUACUCCAGAGAAAGUCAUCAAACUUGUGGGGAAUGAUUUCUUCAGGUAUCAUUUACAGACUGCUGAGUAAGUCACCCUUUACAUUUCUGUUACCAAGCAGCUUUGGUUUGUCCUUUCAGCUGUAGAUACAUUAUAAUGUAAAACAAAAGGAAAGCAAUGGUAUGAAGUUACUGUUAAAAGUUUCUUAAAUCUCAAACUAUUUUUAUGUAAAUAUUUUUGUUAUUAUUUCUACAUUAAACCAAUAAAUAAAGUAAAGACAAAUAUUUCAAAUCAACAAGAGUUUUUAAUCAGUUGUCAGCUAUUUAUGUAUACCUUUUUUUAUGGUCUACAAAUUAUGUUGCUAUUUUAUCAGAGGGACCUUGACACUGGCCAGAGAAAUCCUGGCAGGAGCCAGUGCUGGUAUGUGCCAGAUUGUCAUAACUACACCAAUGGAACUGAUCAAGAUCCAGCUACAAGAUGCUGGCAGAAGUGGUAGGAAGAAAUAAGAUGUUUAUGUUUAUUAUUCAAAAAGAUAGUGAGAUAUUAUCAUGUUCAUGCAUAGUUCAGUCCUUUUUAAAUUAUAUCACUUUUGUCAAUGACAGUGUACUUUACUCUUUAAUUCUUUCUUUGCAGCUAGUGUUGACCUAACAGCUGAGGGAGGCAAAGGUGGAGCAGCAGCAGUUCUGAAGCAGCAGCGUCUUUCAGCAACCAAAAUUACAUUAGAUCUUUUGCACACAAGGGGCAUUCUGGGUCUCUAUCAAGGUUGUGGGGCAACAGCUCUUAGGGAUGUCACUUUUUCUGCCAUCUACUUUCCAUUAUUUGCUAAUCUCAACAAACUGGUGCGCCCAUACUAUUUUAUUUUAUCCUCAUAGAUAUUUGAUACUGUCUAAACAUCAAGAUGUCAGAUUUGUUAUUUAGGAUUUUCCAUUUUGCUAUUGUUUGUAGGCGAUUUGAAAUUGGGGCCUAGACACUUGGAAUAAAAUGUCUUUAAUUAAUGUUUAGAUUUUAAGAGAAAUGUGGGAAGGGGGAGUAAAGACUUUUUGGGUGACAGAUACAAUAAAAUGAUCUUACAUGUUAUAAUUUAAACAUUUAAGUUUUUAAAAGAAAAUAAAUUAACCAACUGUCUUAAGUAAUGUUUUUCUAAUGUAUGAUUCUUUUUUCACCAAAACUAUAUAGAGCCGAUUUUUUAUUUCAGGGCAAACGUCGAGAUGGCAGUGAUCAGGCUGUAUUUUAUCAUUCCUUUAUCUCGGGUUGUUCUGCUGGAUGUAUAGCUUCUUUUCUAGUCACCCCUUUUGAU